GCGCAAUGUUCCGCCCACGCGUUUACGUAGGGACUAAGGAACAGCGCGCAUUGCAAUAUAAGGAAGUAGCGAGGACGCUCUCUUCGCACUCUUCGUUUCUCAGAAACAGUUGAACUGUCCCAGUGAGAGAAAGAGGGGGUGUGUGAGCCAGCGAUGGGCUCGUCUCUCACUGCGAUUCUUCUCCUCCCUCUCUUUCUCUCCCUCUUCAUCACAAGUGCCAGCCACGAGACCACCACUCUCAAAGGUGUUGAUCUUGAAAACCCUGCUAUAGUUGUUUUCCCAUCCCCGCUUUCUGGGUAUUCAGCUUCCCGUGGCUCUAAAGAAGCUUUAUUGUGUGAACGUGUUCAAGUUUCUGGUCUCUCAAGAUUGAGACUUGGGAGUUAUGCCAGUUCUCUGCGGGUUACCUUGUCUCCAUCUGUUGAAAUCCCAGAGAGACUCCAUGGCAAAAUUCAGGUUUGUUUUCACGGAAACAACUCACGUGGCUUAUGUCAGUGUGAAGAUGAUGAGUGGAAGUAUUUUAAGGGGUUAUGGAGCUCAUUCAUGUCACCUUAUGAGGAUAGAUAUAUUGAUGUCAAGUUCUUUGGUGAAGUAUCUGGUUCUGUCACGGUUGCUGUUGAAGAAGAUUUUCAGCAAUGGCGCCUUGCAUGUCUUGCACUAGGAUUCGUUUUACUACUCCUGGCUCCAAUUGUCAGCAAUUGGGUUCCCUUUUACUAUAGCAGUUCCAUGUUGAUUGGCGUUUUUCUUGUCAUUAUAAUCAUACUUUUUCAGGGAAUGAAGUUAUUGCCAACUGGUAGGAAAAAUGUUCUUUAUCUAACCAUGUAUGGAUCAGUGCUUGGAGCUGGAUCUUUCCUCAUUCAUCAACUUUCAAUGUUUGUAAAUUCAGUUCUUGUCAAUUUUGGACUCAAUGAAGAGAUGCACAAUCCAGUCUUUAUAUUUGUGCUAGUGGGAAUUAUCCUCGCUGGUGCUGCUUUAGGGUACUGGAUUGUGAGGAAAUUUGUAGUCUCAAAAGACGGAAGGGUGGAUGUUGGUAUAGCCCAAUUUGUUAAAUGGGCAAUGAGCAUCACUGGAACCACUGCUAUUAUACAGGGCACUCUUGAUACUCCCUUAGCACUGGCGACCGUGGUUUCUUGUUGGGCUUUCCGCUAUCUUAUCUUAUCGCUGAAGUGGCUUCCUGCGCUGCAUCAAUCAUUUUCUGUGAACGGGAAUCCGUUGCUGAAACAGGAGAGAAAGAUAACAGGGAAGCACAACCGUGCCGAAUUCCAUAGCAGGUCAGGCUCAGCUGGGAAGAUGUGGUAUAGUCCAAAGAAUCAAUCUGCUUGGUCCAACUCUCCAGUGGGAGCUGUAAUAUCACCAUCUUCUGGUACAAAGAAUCAGCAAGAAUACUAUUCUACCUUCCACAACAUGCGGAACCGAAAGAAGUUUACAGAGAAAGAGUGGGAUGAUUUCACACGGGAAUCAACCCGCCAGGCUAUUGCUGAAUGGGCUGCAUCCCCCGAAUUCACUGAUUGGAUGAUCGAGAAUGCUGACCGAGUAAAACUCCUUCCAAGUGAGAGUUCAGAUGAAACCAUGGGAAGUGAAUCAGAUUCCACUGAUGAGAAUCUCACAGGGCGUUGUAGGCAGUUUAGGUUGAUCAGUGGAUAGAGGAUCAUACCGAUCAUGAAUGCCUUUGCAUGUAGCGUAGAAUGUCUAACUGGCAGGCGACCGGAUAGAAGGAUUGACCAAUAGUUGAUACUUGGCCGAGUAACAAAUGGGAUAUAGAUAGAUUCUAGGUCCAGAUUUAGCGAUGGUGGUUUGGUGUGUGAAAUCUUCAUCAGUAUGGGAAAGCCUCACAAAAGUCUGCUAGAACUAGUUAACAAUGGAGCAGUUCCCAGUAUCGAAAUUCUUCUCGUUACCAAUGAUCCUUCUUGCUUCCAGUAUCUGCUUGUGAUGUAACACAAUGAGACGGCCCUAAGCACGUUUUUUGUACUAUUUGUGUAAUGAGGCUUCGUAGAAGUGUUAUGCGAUGUUUCCAUUGAUUCGUUUUUAGGGCCUCUCUUAUUUUGCCUUUGUAUUUAGGUAUGUGAAAGAGAAUUCGAGUAAAAGUAGCUUGUGGUUGAGAUUUGGUUAUUAUUUUUUACUCAAAUACAAGUUGAGUUUAAGCCU